AUAAAAUCUCAGAUCCCUUUCAAAAUCCUAUUUAUUAUUUUCAUUCUCCCUCGCUUCUCAUUCUUCUUUCUUCUUCUUCGCUCUCCAAAUUCUCAGGUGAAAGAUGGCGGGAAAAGGUGGGAAGGGGCUUUUGGCCGCGAAGACCACGGCGGCUAACAAGGACAAGGAGAAGGACAAGAAAAGGCCGAUUUCUCGGUCAUCCCGUGCUGGUAUCCAGUUUCCUGUGGGUCGGAUUCACCGCCACCUCAAAUCAAGGAUCUCUGCAAACGGUCGAGUUGGGGCAACAGCUGCUGUUUACUUAGCUUCAAUCCUUGAGUAUCUGACUGCUGAGGUUCUUGAGCUGGCUGGAAAUGCGAGCAAGGAUCUGAAGGUGAAGAGAAUUACUCCAAGGCAUUUGCAGCUUGCCAUUAGAGGGGAUGAGGAGCUUGACACACUCAUCAAGGGAACCAUUGCUGGUGGUGGUGUGAUCCCUCACAUUCACAAGUCACUCAUCAACAAAACUGCCAAAGAAUGAGUUUUUUCUCUGACUCUGGAUGGCUUAUCACUGAAGAACCCUUUUGUUUUAUUAUGUGUUUCUGUUUGUAGUUUAGGUUAAAAGUUAGACAUGGGUUUGUGUUAUUAUUAGUAGUGUUGUCUAAAAUAUCUUAGUAAAUACGGAUUAACGUUUAGGUUUGUCCUCUGGAACUAAUAUGUUUGUUCAGGCUAGGUGUACUGUUGUUUGUUUGAUUGCCCUAACUUUAGUUUUUCUCGUUA